UGCUGUAGGUGGAGUUGGUGUUUUUAAAGUCAGUGUAAAGUGAUUCUUGAGGACGGGACAGGAGGGGAGGGAGGAGCAGCAGAGAAGCGACUUCCUAAAAACACAUUCCCCUGCCUUCUGCCUGAGCCGUGUUGUGCUGUUUUAGUCUUUGUAGCCUACUUCUGAGCUGAGCGAUUAAAUUCGGCCUCUCGUUUCCUACCGGACCUGCUACUUUCACUUUCACAGCUGAGGAGCGGGUAAAUUUCGGGACAACUUGUUAGAGUUUCUGGAUGGAAACGGACAGUCUGCUAACCAGGAGUGUGAACGGAGCCUCCGGGGAUUACGGCUCCUCGUCGGGCACGGAGCACGGAGGGGCCCCGGGCAGCAGACGGAUGUCGUACUCUGUCGCAGGGUGCAGUUUCGAGGGGGCCGCAGAUGAUGAGAACCUCUACAUCCAACAGGCUGUCGUAUUCAUCGAGGAUGCCAUACAGUACCGGUCCAUCAACCACCGUGUGGAUGGCAGCUCACUUCGCCUAUAUCGAUGGUACUACUCCAGGAUAUGCCAGUGGGGCUUGGGCCUAACCAUUGCGGUGGUUUUGCUGCUGGCGUUUGUGGAGCGCCCAUCCUCCCUGUCUGUGUCUUCCGACCCACGGCAUCGCUCUCCGCCUUGGAAUCCUCCCUGUGGACUCACCGAGAGCAUUGAGAUGGUCUGCCUCCUCAUCUUCUCUCUUGAUCUUGCUGUCAAGAGCUACUUGAUUGGCUGGGAGGAAUUCAGAAAGAGCAAAUGGCUGAUUGGCUACACAGUAGUGAUUUCAGCCUCCAUCAUCGACUGGGUGUUGUCUGUCAGCAUGGUGUGUGAUGAGAGACUGAGAGUACGGCGACUCCUCCGACCAUUCUUCCUCCUGCAGAACUCCUCCCUGAUGAAAAAGACACUGAAGUGCAUCAAGAGGACUCUGCCAGAGAUUGCCAGCGUCAUCCUGCUGCUGGCACUCCACCUCUGCCUCUUCACUAUGAUCGGCAUGCUGCUGUUUGCUAAAACUGAGGAUCCAAAUAAGAAUGGGGAGUGGGAGUUGCAUUUCAGAAACCUACCUAAUUCCCUUACCUCUCUGCUGGUGCUUCUCACAACGGCCAACAACCCAGAUGUGAUGAUCCCUGCCUACUCCCUAAAUAGAGGAUAUUCCAUCUUCUUUGUCACCUUCAGCGUAAUUGGAACCUACUGUCUGAUGAACUUACUGACAGCAAUCAUCUACAACCAGUUCAGAGGAUAUUUACUGAUGUCAGUCCAAACGUCCGUCAUCAGGAGACGACUGGGGAUCCGAGCUGCUUUCCAAGUCCUUAGCUGCCAGGGAGCUCGACAGGCUACUGAGGAGCGGGUGCAUGUUGAUGCGCUGCUGGAGGUGAUGUCCAGGGUCCAGAUGAAGAGCUACUACAGAGCGGCCAUCACUACGGAGAUGCGGCAAUAUGCAGACGUCGGCUACAUGGAUCGUGAGCAGUUCAGGAGGAUAUUUGAUGAACUGGAUAAAGAUCUCAUUAAGGAGCACCCUCCUUUGCCCCAGUACAACUCUCCAGUCCUGCAGAAACUCCAGGUGAUCUUCAGCCACUACUAUCUCACCAUACUCGGCAACGCUGUGGCGCUGGUCAAUGUCAUGUGCAUAUGUACUCUCCUGGUUUUGAACUCUGAAAAGUCCACAGUUGAGAGAGACAACUUCAUCAUGGAGAUCAUCAACCUGUGCUUCAUCCUCUAUUACCUGUUUGAAAUGUGCGUGAAGAUCUUUGCCUUUGGCUGGAGGGGGUACCUGUCCUACAGAAACAACAUCUUUGACGGCUUCCUCACCAUCCUGCUAUUGGCCCUACAGAUCAUGAUAUAUGUGACCUACAGACUCCCUUAUUCUCAGUGGGAACCAUCCUCUCAUGGUGUACUCUCUCUGUGGGAAAUGGUUCGUUUGGUCAACAUGCUGAUUGUAUUCCGCUUCCUGCGCAUCAUCCCAGAUAUCAAGCUCAUGGCUUUGGUUGCAAGUACACUGAUGGACCUGGUGAAAAACCUCAGAGCCUUUGCGGGGAUACUGGUGGUGGUGUACUACGUGUUUGCGGUGUUUGGGAUCUGGCUGUUUGAGGGAGCCAUAACACCUCCUCCAGAGAUGAGUGUGCACUCCAAUACUUCCACGGAGAACAUCACCUCUAACUUUAGCAUGGAGUGUGGCACCUAUGAACAGCUGGGCUACUGGCCAAAUAACUUUGACGACUUUGCUGCGGCCAUCAUGUUGCUCUACGAUGUCAUGGUAGUCAACAACUGGCAGGCCUUCAUGGAUGCAUACAGCAGAUACACCACAGACUGGGCCAAGAUCUACUUUGUGUGUUGGUGGCUCACCUCCUCUGUCAUGUGGGUCAACUUGUUUGUGGCGCUCAUCCUAGAGAACUUCAUCUAUAAGUGGGACCGCAGUCACAGCUGCUCUGUUACAGAUGUGGAGAGGAUCAGCUAUGAAACCUCUGUUCAGCUCAUGUUCAAAGAGCACAUCCAGGAGCCAACUGAAGAGGAACUACUUUGUCAACUACAUCAACACCCCCACCUACACCUACACUGGCACCAGCACUUACCUGCAGUAGUGAGUCAGGAGACUGCUACUAAAUGAGUCUACUGUGUGGUAGAAGCACUGAGAGGUCAAAAUGAAAACAUUCUACUACUAGUUUAUUUUAAUUUGUAUUAUUGUAAUAUGUGAUUACUACUACUGAAACCAGUAUAGUUUUUUAUUAUUUGUCAUGAUUUUCACGAGUGAAACCGCUGCAGUUUCUGAUUCCUCAGAAGAAUCUAGAGGCUCUCUGGGGGUAGACGUCAUGAACAUGAGUGGGUGAAGCUAAAGAACCACAAGUCUUGUAGAAACAAGUGUACAAGAAAUUAAUCAAACUGUGACGAAAACAAUUCUAAUUUCAAAACUGCACAUAGAGAAAGCUCCAAGUCACUAGAGUGAAAAACCCCCUGGAUGAAAUCAGUAUAAAGUGUUACGAAGAGCCUCCAGAACAAACUUUCUCAUUAAAGUAUUCUUUGAAAUUUUGGGUUUUGCUUUGCAGUUGUCCAGGCUUAAAUAUCAAAGUACUGGAUAUUUCCUGCUGCUGUAAAAUGGGAAUAACUUUUAUUGUGCUUCUUUACAAAGAAUUAGCAGAUUUAUCUUAACCUAUAUGCAGCCGUUGCAGCACUAAAAUCAUAAAAAAUGAUAUGGAGGCUUUUUUAUGUGGCCCCCAGUGACUUAAGCCCCUUUCACUCAGGGAACCUACAACAUUUCUCCAAUGUGGAACAUGUUUGAGUUGUCUCUAUUUACACAUGAUGGACCAUGCUUGACGAUUCAGUCAGCAAAACAGCAGUGAGUUAGAAAAUAAUAAGGUCACAGAAGAGGAGCGUGCUAUGGCAGCAGUUUGAUGCACACUGCAUGAAAAACAUCCACCAGGAACCAGGAAGCACACCCUUAAAUAGAAAGGGCUUGCGAUGGUGCAGUGGCUAAGACAUUUAUUAAUUAUUAGAAAGCCCUUAGAGAGCAUAUUCCAACAAGGUAUUCCUGCACUCAGAGGAAGGGCCCCUUUGUCAUAAUUGCCCCUUGUCUUUAAGAGGAUAUCCGCACACAGUGAAACACAGUCAUCAGAUACAUGUGCCAGAUUAUAUUCCAUCUGUGCAAGUGCAGCAGAUCAUAAGGAAAUGUUCAAAAUGUUCGUUUCUCACAAUGAAGAGAUUUACUUUUUUCCUGGCUCCACACCAAAAACCAUCACCAACGUAGCACACACACACACACACACACACACACACACACAUUUCAUUGAGGAAGCCUGCUAAAAAUUGGAACCAAAAACAAAAGCUCUUUCAUAGAAGUAAAUUUAGGGUUUAUCGCACUAAAAUGUUUUUGAACAUACAUGUGUAUGUCUGAGAACAUGCAGCCUCCUGUACCUGUUAUGAGACUGCUUUAUAAUCACACCUGAGACAUCAGUAUGUCGUGGAUGUGUGAAAGGUGAAUAUAUUCUGAGAGUAUUUGUGCUGCUGGUGAGGCUGGAAACUGCAUGCUGGAUCCGUCUACAAGAGAAGCUAUCAAAGGCUCAGUAAAUAUGAACAAAUGUCUUUGCUGAGUGGUACCUGCCAUAAAGCCAGUGUAUUCAGAUUGUUUUUAACUAAAAGGGUAAAAAGGGAUAAGCUCACUCCUUGUGUUGUUUGAAAUGGAAUUUGUUUCUAGAUAGUGUGCCUUAGUAUUUAUAUAAAUACAGUUCAGAUGCAGUUUUUUUAUUUGUGGAAAAGUUUUAUUGAAGGAGGUUCAUAUUUAUAGGAAAGUUGGAAUGCAAUUUUCUGAUAUUUGAAUUAACAUGAGAUACAGCUUGUAUUUCAGUCUGCAUUUUGUGAACUAGAUCCAAAACCAGAUUUUAAAUAAAUAUUUUGCAACAAUU